CAGAUUAGUUAAAGUCUCUCGUUUGGUCCUCUCCCGGCUGCCGUCGCCGGUGGUUCGCCAAUCGUUACCGUCAGUUAGCUGCUGUCUCUGUAGCAAGUCACAAAAAUGGCGAACGUGGUGCUGGAGUUUAAGGCUUCUGCCGGUGACUCCGACCCACAGACUCGCCCCGUUCUGAUUGUUGGACAGCAGGCCAACCUGCAGCAAGUCAAUUGGAGCCAAAUCAAAGGAAAACUGCAGCCGGUCGUUAGCAAAGAGAUUUGGCAGUCGGCUCUUGGUGCUCUGAACCCAAACCCCACGGACAGCUGUCCCCUGUACCUCAACCAUGCUGCGGUGGCCGCCCUUCCUUCACGGGUCAGCAGGCACAACAGCCCAUCUUCUGCCCACUUUGUCUCCCGUCUGGUCCGCUCCUGCCUGCCUGGAGGGAACAACCGCUGCAUUGUGAUGGUGUGUGAACGCUCAGAUGUGUUUGCAUCCUCCUGUGCCAUUGCCAGGGCCUUCCCCAUCUUCUCUCGCCGCUCCACAUCCUCACGCAGGAAUGAGAAGAAGCACGUCAGCGUGGAGUUUGUGAUUGUCGGGCAAGACAGCAACCCUCUGGAUGUCGCAGAACUUGAGUGUCUGUCCAACGCUGCUGAUGGAGUGCGACUGGCAGCACGCAUCGUGGACACACCAUGCAAUGAGAUGAACACAGAUCAUUUCUUGGAUGAAAUCAAGGCAGUGGGAACUGAACUUGGAAUAACUCCAGUGAUCAUUCGUGGAGAGGAACUGAAACAAAAAGGGUUUGGAGGUAUUUAUGGAGUUGGCAAGGCGGCUGAGCAUCCUCCUGCAUUAGCUGUCUUGAGCCACACACCAGAUGGUGCAACCCAAACCAUUGCAUGGGUGGGAAAGGGGAUCGUGUAUGACACUGGAGGACUCAGCAUCAAGGGAAAGACCACAAUGCCUGGCAUGAAGCGAGACUGUGGUGGAGCUGCUGCCAUCUUGGGAGCUUUCAAAGCUACCAUUAAACAAGGCUUCAAAGAUAAUCUCCAUGCAGUAUUUUGCCUCGCAGAGAACGCAGUUGGACCCACAGCCACACGACCCGACGACAUCCACACUCUCUACUCUGGAAAGACUGUGGAGAUCAACAACACGGAUGCCGAGGGCAGGCUGGUGUUGGCUGAUGGAGUGGUGUACGCCAGCAAAGACCUGUCAGCUGAUAUUAUUCUGGAUAUGGCCACACUGACGGGGGCACAGGGGAUCUCCACAGGGAAGCACCAUGCAGCUGUGAUGACUAACAGUGAGCAGUGGGAGGGUGCCUGUGUGCGCGCCGGCCGCAGCAGCGGAGAUCUCGCUCACCCUCUGGUCUACUGCCCUGAGCUGCACUUCAGCGAGUUCACCUCUGCCAUGGCUGACAUGAAGAACUCUGUGGCUGACCGGGAGAACGCCCAGAGCUCCUGUGCCGGCCUCUUUAUUGGAUCCCACUUGGGCUUUGAUUGGCCGGGUGUCUGGGUCCAUGUUGACAUUGCCUCUCCUGUUCAUGCUGGGGAGCGUGCCACAGGAUUCGGCGUUGCUCUGCUUAUGGCCCUGUUUGGUCAGGCAUCAGAUGACUCCAUGCUGAACCACGUGUCUCCUCUGGGCGCAGCCACCAACGCGUCCGAAGACCAGAUGGAGCGCGACUGCAAACGGAGACGACUGGUGUAGAAGACACAGAACGGUUUACACACCUUAAACUGUUGAAGCGAACGCUCCUGCGAUUAGGGUUAAAACAUUUUAAACUGUGAUUCAGCUUCCUGUGUUUUUUGAUGAAAUUUGACGAAUAAAUAAAACAGAUAAUCAUGCAUUCGACAGUUGAUUGGAUCAGUAAAUCAGAUGUGUUGCCAGAUGUGUUAAACGUGAUUAUGAUAAAACACAGCCCCGUUCACUUGUCCUCAUUACUUGGCACUUACUGCACGAUCACCUCCGUAGCUUCUCCAUUAUUAUUAAAUCUGUUGAUCUUCAUGACGAUUCAUUCAGUUUUGGUCUUAAAUCUUCCAUUUUGUUUCAGCAGUAAUUCUUCAUAAUUGUUCAUAUUUUACAGUUAAUGACAGCUAAAAGUUUUACCUCGUAAUACAAAAACCAUGUUUUCGAAUAUCCACUUCAUUGGGCACUGUUGUCAGUGCAAAUCAAGGAUUAUACCAUACAUGUUUUAGAUAUUGUUAAAAAAAAAAAAAAAAAAAUACUAGAUCAGGAUCAGUGAAACUAAUUUGUUUUUUGGUAACCACUGCACUUUGUAUUCAUCCUGUGUAAAGCUGAACUGUGAUAUGCACACAAUGUGAUCUCAGGACCAAACUGAGGAUUUAGUGCUCACUGCAGUUUUUAACAGUUUCACAACGGUGUCAGAUGACUAAUAGACAAGCGGUGCCACACAACAUGCUAUGUCAGCAUAUUCAAGAUGUUAACUGUAAGUUAAAGUGUUUGACAAAUUCCAGCUCAAGUAUGAUGUUUGUCCAACCUUGUGACAAUCUUGUCCUUCAAUAAAGGCGGUGCCAUCUGA